AGAGGUUCCAUGGCAACCUCAUUUGUUUGGUUCUAUGAGCUUUGUUCGAUUAAUAUCCUACUAAGCACCAAAAGGAGUAAAAUUUGUUUGUAAAUACUCGUAAUGACGCUUUAUUUUGACACCAAAGUGGAAUUUCUUGACUUCGAUGCAGUUAGCACCAUCGGAAAUUGGCACCUCACUGAACCACUAUUUGCUGUAGCUUCCUACAGCCAGGAGCGUGGCGGGUCUAUAACAAUUUUCACAGAUUCGGGUGAACCUCAACGCGAUGUCACCUAUCCUGUACAUCCGACAUCGCAGGUUUCAGCACUAGCCUGGCAUCCCGAAAAAGUGUUGUUGGCCACCGGCUGGGAAAAUGGUGAUAUACAUGUUUGGUUUGCGGGCCAUCGUGAAUUCGCUAGUGUUCACGGCCCACAUAAAGCGCCCAUAGUGUUGUUGGACUUUAGCGAACAAGGUGGACGUAUGGUUACCGCCGAUUCGAUGGGUCUGCUCACGGGUUGGCGUUGCGAUGGUCAGUAUCAAUUUUUAACAAUGUUUUCACAUGAUUUGCGUGAUGUGCUGCUGCAUGUCACCUUUCGACGGACUAUUGAGAGUGAGGUGCGUGAGGAAAUAGUAAAUUUAGCCAAGGCGGCAGUGGCAGGCGAUGAUGCGGCACUCGAUACGCUAACUAACUGGCGACCGCGGACAGCGGCGAGGAGUAUGAUUCACGCAGGUGUCAAAGAUAACCACUGUUUCUAUGUGGGUACGCAAAACGGUGUAAUGUACUACAUAAAUCAGGGUGGCGCCUGUACAGAGGUCCUCAAAAAUAAUACCGUGCCAAUCAUGCAAAUGCUGUGGCACCCUAAGAAAGAUGCCGUUAUUUGUUUGAUGGAGGACAUGACAAUUGCUUUGUAUUUGGUGGAGUCGACGGGUAUAUUAACUGAGUUGGAUCGAGUUAAGUUGAGCGGGAACUUAUCUGGCAAGGGCGGUGCUAUUUCAUGGGCGGGAAAUAGCUUGGCAAUUAUAACCGGUGAUCUAAGCGUACGGAUUUGGGAUAUCGAAAAAAGCGAUAACUAUCUACUGAAAAUGGACUUGCCUAGUACUGCAAUUUCUGUAUUAGGAUCCUCGAUUAGCCUCGACGGUAACUCUGCCAGUACAAAUGUUUUCAGCAAUGACACGAGCGAAAAGUCCUCAUCUACACUAAACAGCCGCAAAUUGCAUAAACUCACACAACCGACAAACGAGCUCUUCACUUGCCUUGCGUACAGCACAAGCAACCAGACUCUUUGUGCCGGUACCAAUCAAGGCAACAUUUACACUUGGAAGCGGCGUGUAGGCGUUUUCGAUAUGCCUGAGGAAUCGUGGCAGUUGACUAACAUAUCGACAGUACGCGGCGCCGUUAAACAAUGCAUGUGGGGAUUCAAUGAGUUGGCCAAGCCGUGUAUGCUGAUCAACUGCAUUUCAAACGUUUACGUGCUCAAGGAACAACCUUUGUUAUCAUUUUACACCCGCGAUUUGUGGGCAGUUCAGCGUAAUGCAAAAGCUAUUUAUCUUGAGCACGCGAUCGGCAAGCAUGCGCUCAUUCAAACGGAUUUUGUAAUUAUUGCCUUGGCACUUAAUCAAUUAAAUAUGAUCAUUAGUAACGGUCGAGCUAUAUCUGCAUAUAACAUUGAGAAGGUGCAAAAGGUGGAUGACUUUAGGAUUGAGGCAUAUACAGAUGACAGCACUACCAAGGGCAGCAAUGAAAAGGAUUCAAAUCUAAAUGUGAAACUCAUACAGACAUUCAAUGCGGAGUGUUUAGGCCUGCACAUACACAAUCAGAAUAUUUUCUGUUUAAACUCAAAUGAAGUGAUGAUUUACUCAAUUGGUGGCGUUGUGCUCAAUAAAAUUUUGGCAAAUGACAAUGAAGGGAAAAUAAUUGGCAUGGACCUCACUGGUGUCUAUUUGAGUGUUUUCACAAUGAAUGGUUUCGUUAAAGCUUAUGAUGUUUCUCGGCACGAUCCUAAGUUAAUUUUUCCUGGAAAAUCAGGUUACGACUUAUUUGAUGAUUUUGGUGAAGUGAUUUUAGUUAAAUGCAACACAGCUGGCACCCAUUUAGCUGUGCUAAUUGCAAAUCGCAAUUUUGUUCCAAAACCCAUUCUAUAUUGUUGGAAUUUCGAACGUAAUCUUUUGAUGGAACAUAACCUCACACAUAAUUCGAACGAAACUAAUACUAAUUCUUGCAUGCCCGUAAAUGUAUAUUGGGAUACAGAUGAGCCACGUCUACUUGCUAUUGAGGUGAAAUCAAUGCAGCAGCUACAGGAGCCAAAACAAAAUCAUACAAAAGCUGGGACCAAUUGCAACCAUAGUAUCGAGUCUGUAAUUAUGGUUUUAUUUUUUUCUGAAAAAAAUAAAUUGAAUAUACUCGAAACACGCUCAUUAGUCAUGGCGGAGCAACUGAUCAAUCUAUGCGUCCCUAAUGUGAUAACUUUGGAUAUAAAUCUUGUUAAAGAGCGUCCACUGCAAGAUUUCGUCGAUCUUAUUAAGUGUGACCCCAAUAUACGAAAAAUGGUUUUAAACUUCAGUCUACACAUUGCCGAGGGCAACAUGGAUUUAGCUUAUCGCUCCAUACGAUCAAUUCAAUCUCCAACGAUUUGGACAAAUUUAGCAAAAAUGUGCGUUCAAACUAGUCGCUUGGAUGUUGCAAAGGUAUGCAUGGGCCAUUUGGGUAAGGCGCGCUCCGUACGUGCCAUUCGCCAAGCGAUGGAAGAUGAUGACCUUGAAGAUGAAGCAAAACUUGCGGUACUCGCUACUGAAUUGGGUAUGCACGAUAAAGCAAUUGAGUUAUACAAAAAAUGUGGCAGAUUUGAUUUACUGAACAAAUUAUUGCAGGCGCGUGGAAAAAUAGAUGAGGCUAUAAAUGUGGCCGAGACGGAAGAUCGUGUUCACUUAAAAAAUACAUAUUUUCACAAGGCACAGCAAUUAAAAGAGAGCGGAGAUAUUAAGGCCGCACUGGAAUACUUUGAAAAAUCUCAUAAUCCAGUACAAAAUAUAACACAAAUGCUUCUGGAUAAUCCUCUAGCGAUGAAGCGUUAUAUGCAAAAUUGUACUGAUCCGAAAAUGCUUAAAUGGUGGGGUCAGUAUAUUGAAAGUUCUGGUGAUAUGGAUGCUGCAUUGGCCGUAUAUCAGAAGGCGGAGGAUUGGUUUUCUCAAGUUAAAAUACUUUGCUAUUUAGGGAAAAUUUCGAAAGCGGAUGUCAUAGCAAGACAAUCUGGAGACAGAGCUGCCUGUUAUCACUUAGCACGUCAUUAUGAGAAUGUUGGAAAGUUCCAAGAAGCCAUAAUGUUCUACACACGGGCUCAAACGUUUAGCAACGCUAUACGUAUUUGUAAGGAAAAUGAUUUCCAAGAUGAACUCUGGACCGUGGCUAGUUCUUCUCGUAGUCGUGAUAAAGCGAUUGCAGCCGCAUACUUUGAAGAAUGUGGAUCUUUCAAACGUGCUGUAGAGUUAUACCAUCGCGCUGGCAUGCUUCAUAAGGCACUAGAAAUGGCCUUUGAGUCGGAACAACCCGAAGUGCUAGAAAUAAUUGCGUCGGAAUUAACCGUCGAUUCAGAUUCAGAGCUGGUGAAUCGCUGUGCGGACUUUUUCACGAGUAUCGAACAACAUCAAAAGGCGGUUUAUUUGUUGGCAAAGACAAUGCAUUUGAAGCGAUCGUUACAAAUCUGUAUGGAGAAAGGAGUGCCGAUCACCGAGGAACUUGCCGAGAUGCUCACACCGAACAAAAACGAAUUUAAUGAAGAAAUGCGAAUUGAAAUUCUUACACAGUUGGGUGAAUUGUUACAACAACAAGGUGACUAUCACACUGCUACCAAGAAAUUCACUCAAGCCGGAGAUAAAGUGCGAGCCAUGAAGAGUUUGCUAAAAUCGGGCAGCACUGAAAAAAUCAUAUUUUUCGCAAAUAUGUCCCGACAGCGCGAGGUAUAUAUCAUGGCAGCCAAUUACUUGCAAGCGUUGAAUUGGCAAGAGGAUGAACAUAUUCUUAAACAUAUUGUGACAUUUUACUCGAAAGGUCAAGCAUAUGAUUCCUUAGCAAAUUUUUAUGCUAUUUGCGCACAAAUCGAAAUCGAAGAAUAUCACAACUAUGAAAAAGCUUUGAAGGCAAUGCUUGAGGCGGCAAAUUGCUUAAAAAAACUUGGACAUUCACAACAUGCGCUCAAUAAUUUGGAAAAAACCAUAGCAGAUGUGCGAAAAGUUUUGGAUAUACAAAACGCAAUGAAAAAUAACGAUAAUCAAGCAAUAAUUUCCGGCUGUCGGAAUAUGUUAAUAAAACCAGAAACGCCACCAAUACGCCAAGCGGAUAUUCUUGCAAUGUUGGUUCGUGCAUUGGCUUAUUCGAAACAGUGGCCCGAAGCCGGACGAGCUUUAAAAGAAUUGGCUUUGAAGGAUAAUGCUUGGAGCACUAUUGGAUUGGUUGACAAAGCCUUAGUGCAAAAAAUAGCAAAAGAAUGCAACCUAGACUUUGAUAUUAUUUGGAAUUCCGGUCGAAGACAUGUCAAUAUUAAAGAAAGCGAAACCGAUCAGGAUAACGAAGAAGAGAUAGAAGAGGAAUUACGAUAAUUGAGCACAUUAAAUAUGUAAAGUAAUAAAAUUUGUGAUGAAUAGCAUCCACCCUA